GCACAGAGCGCAGACAACAACAAGAGUCUGCAGUCAAAACACAAGAGGAAGACAAAGCUAAAGGAGGAACACUGUUGACUUUCAGAGGAGAAACUUUGAAGAUCUGUUGUCUAUCUGAGCAACUUUUUGCUACAAGGCUAUCAAUACUUUUUCCCCAUUGCAGCAGUCCACAGUCGCUCUCAUCAUGAGAUGCUGUGUUUUAUCUGUGUGCUUAAUUUUGGGGAUAAGCACGCAGGUUGGAUGGAGCCUCCCACUCAAGUCGGUCUUCGUCAGCUUCCCAGGAGACAUCAUCAAAAACGUGACUGAUACCGAGCUGGCAGAAAAAUAUCUGAAGAAGUUUGGCUACAUAGACACGAUGCAGCGCAGUGGCUUCCAGUCAAUGGUGUCCACCUCCAAGGCUUUGAAGAGGAUGCAGAGGCAGAUGGGUUUGGAGGAGACAGGAGAGCUGGACAAGGCAACUCUAGAGGCCAUGAAGCAUCCUCGCUGUGGGGUUCCGGAUGUGGCCAACUACAAAACCUUUGAUGGAGACCUCAAAUGGGACCAUCACGAUGUCACUUAUAGGGUUAUCAAUUACUCCCCUGACAUGGACAGCUCUCUGAUCGAUGAUGCCUUCGCCAGAGCCUUCAAGGUGUGGAGUGACGUGACCCCUCUGACCUUUACCCGCCUCAUGGACGGGACAGCUGACAUAAUGGUCUCAUUCGGAAAAGCUGACCAUGGAGACCCUUACCCAUUUGAUGGUAAGGAUGGACUUCUGGCCCAUGCUUAUCCCCCUGGUGAGGGUGUGCAGGGUGACGCCCACUUUGAUGAUGAUGAAUUCUGGACUUUGGGAACAGGACCAGCUGUGAAGACUCGCUAUGGGAAUGCAGAUGGGGCCAUGUGCCACUUCCCCUUCACUUUUGAGGGCAAAUCUUACACUACAUGUACCACCGAAGGCCGUUCUGAUGACUUGCCAUGGUGUGCCACCACAGAGGACUAUGGCAGAGACAAGAAAUAUGGUUUCUGCCCAAGUGAACUUCUGUACACAUUUGGAGGAAACGCCAAUGGAGCAGAGUGUGUAUUCCCUUUCGUCUUCCUUGGUGAAGAAUAUGACAGCUGCACCACAGAGGGCCGCAGUGAUGGCUACCGCUGGUGUUCCACCACAGACAAUUUUGACAAGGACGUAAAAUAUGGAUUCUGCCCCAGUCGUGACACUGCUGUGAUCGGUGGAAACUCUGAGGGAGAACCCUGCCACUUCCCUUUUGAAUUCCUGGGCAAAGAGUACAACUCCUGCACUAGUGAGGGACGGGGAGAUGGCAAGCUGUGGUGCGGUACUACUGAAAGCUAUGAUCAAGACAAGAAAUGGGGAUUCUGUCCUGACAAGGGUUACAGUCUGUUCCUGGUGGCAGCCCAUGAGUUUGGACACGCCCUGGGCCUUGAUCACUCUAAUAUAAGAGAAGCUCUCAUGUUCCCAACGUACAGCUAUGUGAAAGACUUCUCCCUACAUGAAGAUGACAUUGAAGGCAUUCAAUAUCUCUAUGGAGGCAGAACAGGCCCUGAUCCCACCCCACCUCAGCCUGACACCACCACCCAGGACCAAGACUAUGAUGAGACUGACCCCACAGAUGCACCUGAACCCACUGAACCCUCCAUCACCACCACCACAACAGCUGUGGAUCCCACCAAAGAUGCCUGCAAGAUGACCAAAUUCGACACCAUCACUGUGAUUAGUGGUGAACUCCAUUUCUUCAAAGACGGAUAUUACUGGAAGAUGUCCAGCAGAAGUGAAGAAGGACCCAAGGGACCAUACUCUGUUUCUGAGAAGUGGCCAGCUCUCCCAGCAGUCAUCGAUUCUGCCUUUGAGGAUGUUGUGACCAAGAAAUUGUAUUUCUUCUCAGGAACCAGAUUCUGGGAGUACACAGCGAAGAAUGUUCUGGGUCCCCGCAGCAUUGAAAAGCUCGGCCUCCCCAGCAGUAUUCAGAAGGUGGAGGGGGCUCUGCAGAGAGGCAAAGGCAAAGUGCUGCUCUUCAGUGGAGAGAACUUCUGGAGGCUUGAUGUGAAGGCCCAGAAAAUAGACAGAGGGUACCCCAGAUACAUAGAUGCUGUUUUUGGUGGUGUCCCCAAUGAUGCUCAUGAUGUGUUCCAGUACAAAGGUCACAUGUACUUUUGCCGGGAUCGCUUCUACUGGCGCAUGAACUCCCGAAGACAGGUGGAUCGUGUUGGCUAUGUGAAAUAUGACCUUCUGAAGUGCACAGACCACUCAGUAACUCACUACUGAGAACAAGGCACGGUGAAGCGAGAGAGUCUAAAAUAAUAUGUAACGUUGUAGCACCUUUUUUCUCUUACAUGCAGGUGUCAAGGAGAAUGUGAUGCAGUAUUUGUGUAUAGCAGCUGUUGUAUGGCGUGUGUGCUAUUUGGGAUGCAAAUAAUUGGCCUUUAUUUAUUUUGGCUGAUUAUAUUCAAUAAAGCAUUGGCUUUUAAAACAAAGUCAAAGGCCACAAAGAAAGCAAAGCAAAUUAAGAUCUUUGGCUCUGCCCUGCCCUGUGUAUAAGAAAAGUAUCUGUGAACUGACUAUGGUGGUCUUUAAUUUGACAUCCAUAUAAAAUAUUCUCAAAAGUUGCCUGGAUCACACUCCGGGUUUGUUUUUGUUUUGUUUUUUGUUUUCAGUUUUUAAAGUCUGACUGGUUCAGACUCUCAACAGUAUUGGAUUAUUUUUGGUAUUUAUAACAAUAUCUAACAUUAUUUUUGUGUCCUGAAGCUUGUUGUUUUGUAUAAGUCUGUGUUCUUGUUUUUCAAAUGGCAUAAAAAGCCAAUUACUUGCACUGGAAGACAUUUUGCAUGUCUCCUUCACUGAAAUUAUUUAUUAGACCUAUAUUUUGUAUUAAAAUCUUCAAUUUCAAUGCAAUAAACAUUCAUGAGAACUA